AUGAUAAUCCAAUCCAUAAGACAAUUAACAACAGAAGCUGCUCUUUUCGAUACCGGUAACGUGGACCGUCGAGAGGCACCAAAUAAAGCGUCUGCCUUGUUGCAGGCCCCAAACAAGUUUCGAUAUAGAAUUACAUAUGACGAUACCAAUCCACCCUAUGUUGCAGCACCCAGUUUGAUGGCACCACACGGAUUCUGGGGCUUCGUUGAAAACGUGUUUGACAAGCACCUUUGCUAUCAAGCUGGCAACAACCAGCGCGUGCGAAUUACACACUAUUUGACAGAUUAUAUUAACCAAAUCUACGACGGUUGCACGCUUUUUGCUUCGGCUUUAGGAUUCGUCCUUGCAUUGCUACGAUCAUCGCAAGCGACUGUUGCAACAGCACCCGAAAGAGCGGCGAUUACACCAAGUAAUGAUCACGCUGUAUACCAGCAGGACCAACUAUCGUGCCGAAACAUUGGAUUCUCACUUGACACGGACACGUACAAAUUCUCGCCUGACUUUCUGAUGAGCCCCUACUUUUACUUUACAUUAGCACACUUGACAAUAAGUCCAGUCCAGCUAUGUACUCCUGUAAACGAUGGUGGUGGUGACGGCAAGGAAACUGACCAGGGCGCUGGUCUCUCCAUCUACCAUCCUCCGUCUGAUCUAGUCGGCACUCCAGGGAACCCGUCACCAGAGCCUGUCCAAUAGGUCUUCACUGUUAAAUGACCUCGAUAUUUCUGGUGGGGUUGUGAGUAAAGUAGAGACGAACACACCUUCCCAAUUUUUUCGAUGUUUGUGCAACC